ACAUCUCACACUCCUUCUCGCCACUCAAAACGCCUCGACGCAACAUCCUCAUUGCAUAGGCGACGUCGUUGCGGCAGCUUCGACCAACUGUAUCUUCCACCUGGCGGUGACCACCAGACACACAAUCGCCCACGAUGAAGUUUAUGAUCGAUGACCUGCCGGUGCUCUUCCCCUAUGAGAGAGCAGUACUCGUACAUGUGCGAUCUGAAGAAGACGCUUGAUGCCGGGGGACACUGCGUGCUCGAAAUGCCCUCGGGAACAGGAAAGACUGUUUCUCUUCUGAGUUUGAUCGUGUCGUACAUGCAGAAGCUCACACAGCAGUUCUACCCAAACAAGCGUCAGCUGGUGUACUGCUCCCGAACAGUCCCAGAGAUCGAGAAGGCGCUGGCCGAACUCAAGCGUCUCAUGGAGUAUCGUGCCGAGAUGGGCGCCAACGACGAGGGCUUCCGCGGACUGGGAUUGUCGAGUCGAAAGAACCUCUGCUUGAAUCCCGAGGUGGCGAAAGAGAAGAAGGGCAAGAUUGUCGACUCGCGCUGUCGUGACUUGACAUCCGCGUACGCGUGCGAGCAGGGAAGAGCGGACCCUGGCUCUGUGCCGCUCUGCUCUUGGCACGAAGAGCUGAACAACUACGAGACGGGCAACCUCAUCCCGCCAGGCGUGUACACCCUCGACGAUGUGAAGCAGUACGGACGCGAGAAGGGCGUCUGCCCGUACUUUACCAUCCGUCGAAUGAUGCCUUAUGUCGACGUGAUCAUCUACUCGUUCCACUACCUCCUCGACCCCAAGGUCGCCGAGCAGGUCUCGCAGCACCUCAGCAAGGAGGCGAUUGUCGUGUUCGACGAGGCACACAACAUCGACAAUGUGUGCAUCGAGUCGCUCUCUAUCGACCUCACCCGCCCCAUGUUGGACUCUGCGGCGCGCAGUGUCGCGAAAAUCGGAGACAAGAUCGACGAUAUCAAGAAGAACGAUGCGCAGAAGCUGCAGGACGAGUACGAGAAGCUCGUGGCUGGGCUGUCGAGCGCGCGCGGUGAAGAGGAUGACCUGCUGGCUAAUCCUGUCCUGUCGGACGACAUGAUCAGCGAGGCGAUACCGGGCAACAUUCGCAAGGCGGAGCACUUUAUCGCGUUCUUGAAGCGCUUCAUCGAAUACCUCAAGACCCGCAUGCGUGUGCUCCAUGUCGUCGCUGAGACGCCGCAAUCCUUCCUUGCACACCUCAAGGAGAUCACAUACAUCGAGAAGCGACCACUACAGUUCUGUGCAGAGCGCCUCACCUCGCUUAUCCAGACGCUCAACCUCACCAAUAUCGAUGAGCACUACGCGCUCCAGAAGAUUGCAGGGUUUGCGACCCUGGUCGCCACGUACGAGAAGGGAUUCCUUCUCAUCCUGGAGCCCUACGAGACGGAGCAUGCGACCGUCGCCAACCCCAUCUUCCACUUCACCUGCCUUGACCCCUCGCUGGCCAUCGCGCCAGUGUUCGAGCGGUUCAGCAGUGUCGUCAUCACGUCGGGAACCAUCUCCCCGCUCGAGAUGUACCCCAAGAUCCUGCAGUUCCAGCCCGUCAUCGAGGAGUCCUACCCGAUGACGCUUACACGAAACGCAUUCUUGCCCAUGGUCAUCACCCGUGGCUCGGACCAGGUGCCCAUCUCGUCGCGCUUCGAGGUGCGCAACGACCCCGCCGUGGUGCGAAACUUUGGCAGUAUCCUCAUCGACCUGGCGCGUACCGUGCCAGACGGUGUCGUCGCAUUCUUCCCGUCCUACUUAUACAUGGAGUCGAUCGUCAGCGCCUGGUACGAUAUGGGUAUCCUCAGUGAGGUGUGGAAACACAAGCUACUGUUCGUCGAGACGCCCGACGCCAUGGAGACGAGUAUUGCGCUGAAGAACUACCGAGAGGCUUGCAACAACGGCCGUGGCGCUGUCAUGCUGUCUGUCGCACGAGGCAAGGUGUCAGAGGGAAUCGAUUUCGAUCACAACUACGGUCGCGCAGUCAUCAUGUUCGGUAUCCCAUACCAGUACACCGAGAGUCGUAUCCUCAAGGCGCGCCUCGAGUUCCUUCGUGACAACCACAGGAUUCGCGAGAACGACUACCUCACUUUCGAUGCCAUGCGACACGCCGCCCAGUGUGUAGGACGUGUCCUGCGAGGAAAGACCGACUGGGGAUUGAUGGUGUUUGCGGACAAGCGCUUCGCACGACAGGACAAGCGCUCCAAGCUGCCACGCUGGAUCAACCAGUAUAUCACUGACGCCCACUCCAACCUGUCCACCGACAUGGCAGUUGUCCUGGCCAAGAAGUUUAUCCGCCAGAUCUCGCAGCCCUUCGACCACACCCAGACGGGUAUCUCGCUGUGGACUCUGGACGACAUUCUCGCUAGGCAAGAGCAGGAGAAGGAGGAGGCGGCCAAGGCUGGCGCAGAGAUUACCGAGGCGUUCGGACCAGCCGCCAACGGCCGUCCCGACGACGCCGACGUCGACAUGGACCACCACUUUGACAUUGACGAUGCGGUCCUCGCUGCUGUCGACCUGCCAGACGACGUAUAGGCGGAGAGACGUAUGGGACCUCAUCAGUAGACCAACCGUUGUAGCACUAGGCAUUUGGAUC